AUGGGGUAUAAAGGACAGAGUGCAGAAACUAGUGCUGUGGCUCACACUACUUCAUCCAGCUGUUAUAACAUGCAGGCCAUUCCUAUUCUCCUUUUGGUUGGCUUAACCUAUGUCUCCCCAGUCUCUGGUAUAAGAGAAAUCCACGCUAAUGGCACUUUCUCAAACAGAAAGUAUUACAGCUCAAUAAAUGUCAGUAAUGGAGGACCUUGGGGCACUUGGACAUGGAUUGAUAUGUGCCCAGAACAUUUCUAUGCUAUGGGAUAUAGUGUAAAGAUGGAGGAGUAUGGAGGAGCUAGUGAUGACACUGCACUAAAUGGGAUCCGUUUAUUUUGCAUAAAAAUCAACAAUACGAGUAGUGCUGUCUUUACCGUUGAAUCUGAUUCUGGAAAGUUUGGGCAAUGGUCGGGAAUCACUUGGUGUCCAACAGGGUUCCUAACAGCCUUUCAGCUGAAAGUUGAAGUUCCACAAGGAAUUUUAGAUGAUACAGCCGCUAACAGUAUCAAAUUCCGCUGUAGCAGUGGUGCUAUCAUAGAAGGAACAGGCGGUAGCUUUGGUGAUUAUGGUGGAUGGAGUAAUGCCUGCACAAGAGGUGGAAUUUGUGGCAUUGAAACCAAACAGGACCCAUACCAUAAUGCUUUUAUUGAUGACACAGCGCUCAAUGAUGUUCGUUUCUUCUGUUGUGACUGAUUUCUAUUGUUGAAUGUUAUUUUCUGGGAUUUCCCAAAGGCUGAUACCUGGCUUGUUCUGAGCAGAACAUUCUGUUAUUUUCAGCCUUGUGCCAAGCCCCACUGUGAAGUCAAUUUGCUCUAAAUCUUAGUAAAAGUAACAUUCUCUGUCUCUUUUUAAAAAGUCAGCAAUAAAUUAGGUUUCAAUAGCGAUGCACUGCUCCCUUAAUGACUGUAUGAAAGCUGCGAUUGAUUGAUAUGGAAAUGAAUUGUGAGCCAAUCUAAAGGAAAGCCAGGUAGUUAGGAAAAGGCUCCAUCCUGCAAUCACCUCUCUGUCUUGCCAAGCUUCUCCCCCUCCUAUUUUGGAAGCACCCGAAGGUGUCAGCCCUAUUUGAUUUCAUUCCUAAUUUAAGGACUCCAGAUAAAGUGUUCAUGCAAGUCAGACUGUCUGACACAGGCAGCCUGACACUAUAUUCCUCAUAUUAUAAUAAUUGCCGUUAACUUCAGUGGGAGACUUGAGGUCAGAAGGGAUGCACGAUCACGCUCCCAGUAAAAGAACCUUGAUGAGUUCCUUUUGAGGAUCAUCUACGAGACCCAUGGUGAGUAAGGGGCUAUAGGAAUCCUCUGGUGUAGCGUCAACACUCUUAUUCUUUAAAGUAGCUAGCAGCAGAUGCAGGAAAAGGAAGCAGACACCAAUUUGUUCUUCUUACGUAGCUAUAAAGUCUUGUGCAGCUAAAGUCCUUUCAUUUUCUGCUUUCAAGUUUUACAACUUGAGUGAUACUUUGCUUUAGUACAUUAAUUCAUCUCAAUGUUUUAUUAGCCAAAAUUGAAUGCCUCCAAUAAAUUCCAUGUCAAAAUACAUGUUGUUUGCGAGGUUUUUUUUUUCUCCUAAAUCUUUCGUACUCUGCUCUUGUUGGGUGUGCUGAAGCCUACUAAUGGAAAGUUUGCUGACAAGGAGUUAUUAAAACCCAAAGGAAACUAAAGCACGAACAUUGUACAUCUAUCCAUUUCUUUGGAGUCAUUGUCUCAUCCAAUUUAGAUUGUGGAUUAAGGCAGAGAGAGACAAUGGGCCAAAGACAGAGAGUCUGAUUGUACUCCCAUUGACAUCAAUGAGAAUUUUUAACAAGAACAAGAUGUAACCCAAUUCUGUGCUAAUUCACACACACUGUGCAAUCUCACUGAGUGGGGUAUUUGGCUCAGUGUAUUUGGAAAGGAAUAUAUUAACUAUUUCUUACAAAAGUAAUUAUGUUCUACUUUGAUACAUACAAAACCUACUUUGUUUUAUAUGGGUCAAGUGCACCGUACAGCUUGGCUAAACUCUCAUCCUAACAAGGCGGACUUCCUUUGAGAGAGUUUCUAAAGUUUCACAAAGAUUCAUCUUCCUGUUUUCUUAGAAGUUUUAGAAGAGAGACCCUUUGGCAAUUUGUCUUCCAAGUUUCUUUAAAAGGACAAACUUCUUGUCUUCUGCAGCAGUAGAGCUGCAGAGUCAUUACUGAUACUCGCAGUACUUUUAUUCUCUGGUUGAAGAGAACAAAUAGUAAUUUUUAGCUUGAGUUGGUUAAACCAGGAGCCUGCUGCAAUUCCUUGAGCAAGACUUUCCAAGCAAGAUCUUUCUAUCUUCUCCUGAAGACCGUGGCAGACACACACAACUUUCUUCUGCAUGCAGGAAUCUGUGUGUCUUGAAUCCCAAAUGAAAGUGACCAUGAGGUUUGGA